AUGUUUGAAGUGCUGAGUGUAAGUGUGGUUGCACUCUCUGCUACGUUGGUGUUCUGCUUUGAUACCUCAAUCCCUUAUUUGUUGAUCACUAAAAACAGCAAAUUUCUAUUCGACUGGAGAGUCUCGUUUGUGGUUGGAAGUUUGACAUUCCACGCAUUCCUCUUUAUGGGAUCAAUUGUAUUUCCACUGUGCACAUACGUUGCUUGCAAGAAAAUACACGAGGAAGCAGUAUAUAUAUUCUUUGCUUUCAACGCAGUCGUCUUUUGUUUAUUCAUCGUCAUAACAUUCCCUGUAGGGCAAAUUCAGAGUGGGAAGUUAAAAACAAUCAGUGAACAAGAAAAGUCUGCUAUUGAAAAAUCCUUUUUAAACAUUGAAGGAAAUUUCACACAAAGAAUUUCUGUUGUUUUGACCGCUCAAAUUGUAAAUGCCUUCAAUACGAAGGGAGGACCGUACCACACUGCACAAACGCCGGAGGAAGUGAAGUGUGUUUUGAUAUUAUUGUCAAUUGUUUUGAUUGCGCAAAUGGGAGCGAUUCGAUAUACCUGA